CUCGUCCGCCGCGUUUACGGGCGAAUCCUUCUACUUCUCCUCAUUCUCCCUCUCCUUUCUUUGGAGUAUCCUUGUUCUUCCGACCACCCCCGAUUGAUAUUCAUUAUGACCAUGGGCACUGCAACUCGCCGGCACUCCGCCGCCGAGCCGGACAAUUCGCCUGCCGCGAAGCGUAAGAAAGUGCGCCGCGGAACCCACAGUUGCUGGGAAUGUAAGCGGCGCAAGAUGAAAUGCGUCCUCGAGCGCCCGGACGACGCGAUCUGUAUUGGCUGUCACCGCCGUGGCACGAAAUGCGUGAGCCAAGAGCUCCCGGAGGAAGCAUCGGCCCCCCUGGAUAGCCCCGGUCAGCUAAGGGAACGACUGCGCCGGGUGGAAGCGCAAUUGGAUCGGUUUUUGACGCACGCUGACGCCGGCAUUCCCACCCCUGCAUCCUCAGAACCUCAGCCGGUCGGUGCCGAUGAACACCCACCUUUCUCCUCCAGGGGGGCUAUUGAAACUCACUCCUCGCGUCGGCCGUUCACUGGAUGGGAUGACGCCGCUCAUGGGCCGCCAUCUACGGUGGCUGCGCGUCCCGAAGCCGGGCCACAUGGCAGCCUGUCUCGCACUCUUUGGGAGGCCUUACCCUCGCAGCAGGAUGUUCAUCGGAUAAGUCAAGUGAGCGGUCGCUAUUGCAUUCCAUUCCAUGAAGUCCUGACCACCCCGCCUGCCAUGCUCGAACAAGAUGGCCUCCGAUCCCAACACCGUCUGCUGGAGGUUCCGGGGCGACAGGCACAUCCGGUUCUAAUCGCCCGGCAUAUGCUCUAUCUCGCCAGCUUCUUGCAACAUCUUCAACCCGAUGGCCACGAGGAGAUCCGUAGCCUCUCAGAACCGUUGCAGGACAUGCGGGAUCGAUUGGCUGAGACCGCCACCAGCCUUGUGACAAGCAAGGACGCUUUUGUGGGCAGCAUCGAAUACUUGGAGUGUGUUAUGAUCGAGAGUCUCUAUCAAGCCGACUGUGGAUUCCUGCGCCGCAGCUGGAUGACUGCUCGCAGAGCCAUGGUUAUUGCACAAUCGAUGGGCUUUCACCGAUCGGGCAGCGUGCACUACCAGGCCCUGGAUCCGGAUUCCAAGGCCGAUCCGCACUUCAUGUGGUUCCGCAUAGUCUUCUAUGAUCGCCAGAUGUGUCUUAUCCUCGGCAUGCCGCAAGGGACGCUCGACCGCAGCAUGGCGAGCGACGCGACACCCACCCAACUCUCGCCCGCCGGCUGCCUGGAGCGUAUUCACUGUGUAAUCGCCUCCCGGAUCUUGGAGCGCAACGAGACCAGUCCUGAGAGCUGGCAAUACGCCUCGACACAGGCCAUCGAACAAGAACUGCAGCGAGCGGCCCGCACCGUGCCUAACCAAUGGUGGCUGAUGCCCAAUCUCGGCAGUCAGACGAGCAACCCCCAAGCGCUGUUCUGGGAGAUGCGGCAGUUGUCGGAACAACUGUGCCACUACAACCUACUCAACCAGCUUCAUCUCCCCUACAUGCUGCGGCACGCGGUCGAAGAUCGCCGUGAAUACUCGAGACUUAUCUGUGUCAACGCCUCGCGGGAGAUCCUGUCCCGUUUCAUCAUGCUGCGCCGCUGGAAUCGGGUGGCAUUCAGUUGUCGGACCAUUGACUUCACCGCGCUGAUGGCUGCCAUCACGCUGCUGCUGGCACACUUGGAGAGCCAUCGCUCUCCACCGACCGACAACUUCCUGGUGGUCCAAUAUCCGGGUGACCGCGCUAUGAUCGAAAAGGCGCAGGAAGAUAUGGAGGGCCUGGAUCGGGUGAACGAAGAUCCCCUGAGUGCGCGGAGUGCCGGCCUUCUUCGCCACUUGCUUGCCAUUGAGGCCAAAGCGGCGGACGGCGAUCUUCAAAGCGCCCUUAGUCUCAGCGUGCAGGCAUCCGGGUUUGAGACUCCGGCCACUGACGAGUCCACUCACGACGGCAGAGUCGCUUAUAUCCCUUACUUUGGCGUCAUUAAAACGACAAGCAGAACCCAGCAAGGCAAUAGGACUACAGCCCAGUAUUCUCCGAAAGCAAACUAUCGAAAACCCCGACCAGAAGUGGUUGUUGAAAGAGAGAUGCAAACACAGCCAGCACUUCCCGUGUCCACUCCGCCAUCGCUAUGGCCCAGUAGUGCUAACAGUGCGGCUAUUUUUGCACCGCUGCUCUCCACAGUUAUCUCCGAAGAUUCUUUGGAACAGCCCGAGAGUCCAGAUCUGACAGGAAGGGCUCUAGAGUAUUCGUUUGACAAUAUGGACUUGGCCUUCUUGAAUAACCUAGUGAGAGGCGUUGGAGACAUUGGGGAUAUUGGGGCUGACUGGACCGGCGGACCAGGAGAAUGAGUGGGGUAUGGCUGCUAUCCACAUGCGCGUUCAGAGUUUACGUCUACCUAAUCCCUAUUAUCAUUACAUAUGUCGACUUAUGUAUAUAACACAGAUUACUUCGUUC